AUGAAUAAUGUGAGCUUUUUGCAUAUUGUGAAAUUAAAAAUUAGAGUUAUCUAAACUCGUAUUUUUCAGCGUCGAAGAAUGUCAUCAGGAAAUGAGGUGGCUCGAAAAGGCUCACUAAUUUUUGCAAUAAUAUUUUCACUAAUUGCUGGUGGAUUAUCGAUUGCAGCUAUAUUGACACCCUCGUGGCAAGUUGUCAAUUUAAGAGAAUAUAAUUCGAUUCAUGAACAUGGUUUAUGGUUGGAUUGUACAAGGCAUAGUAGAGAUGGUAAUCAUAUUUUACAAAGAUAUGCAACUGUAACCGAACCACUUCAUUGUGUUUAUAAAUUCGAUUAUGAUAAAUAUUCGGGAACUUUUGAUAUUGAAGAUGAUAAUAGUCCAGUUGGAGAAGUUAAUCGACAUAAAUUCUAUGGUAUGUUUUAACAGGGGAAAACUUUUUGGAUUUAAAAGUUCGAGUUCUAAAAAAAAUACCGAAUGUUCCAAAAUUCAAAAGUUCCUAAUUUUUGGAUCACUUUUGAGAUUCUAACAAAUCUGAAAUUUCAAAACUUUUUUUGGAACUUUUUCCUGGCUUUCCCAAUGACGAGAGAUCUUUCUUCAAACCACAUUUUUCAGGUUGGCAUACUGCAACCCUUAUUCUUCUCGGCUUCGCACUAUUGACAACAUUUUUAUCAACAUGCAUCGGAAUGUGUGCCUGUUGUUAUUCAUCCCUAGCUCUAAUUUUCACCGGAAUCACACUUUUGACAAGUUGGUUUUUUGAGUAUUUACACAGACUAUCAAAAAAAAUCUGUAUUUGUUUUCAGCAUUUUUAUCUGCAAUUGCUGAAGGAAUUUUCUUCUUCUACUCUCAUCGAGCUGAUAAUCGAUUCAUCAAGGGAAUUGUUGGAACUUAUGAGGUUUGUUUUUUUUUAAUUAUCCAAAAAUAUGGAUUCCGAAAAAAUAUAAAUUCUCUUGAAAUAUCGGACCCAUAUAAAAUAAAAUAAAACAAUUCGAAUUAAUUUCAGCAACGUGUUGGAACUGCUUUCUUUUUGGAAAUGGCUGCUGCAUUCUGUCAUUUCUUCUCAUUUUUGAUUUCAAUGCUUUUCACAUAUUUCUCAUUUGCCUCAUCAAAAGAUUCCGAUGCAUUUAGCAUUCAAAGAAGCAGUCGAACAAAUGUUACAAAUAUCGGAAGAUCGAUGGAAUUCGAUGCGCCUUUAAUGUAUCCUCCACAAACUCCAGUUUCAAACUACCGUACUCCAAGUUAUUUGGAUGAAAAAGUUGUUGCUGAAUCGAUGCCUGAAUUAGGAGGAGUUGUUCGAGGUGGAGGAGCUUAUCCAUCAAAUGAUUUCUUCUCGAGAAUUCGACGAAAAUCUGAGACUUGUGUCUAA